CACGCUCAGUGUCAACUUUAACACUGCCGCUCCAGCUCACCUGCCACCGAGAUCCCAUUUUCCGAACCAAAAAAAAAGAAAAGAAAAGGAGACAUUUUUCUCGGGGCCAUAAUAGAGGACGACUACUUGUCGAGAGGGUGCCAAUUAAAAAAAAAUUGGAUAUUUGAAUCGAUCACUGUCCAGACCUAGAGUUGUUUCUUCGCGAGUACAUCUGAAAAAUCUCCAGGCGGCUUUUUGAACUCCCUCAAGUUUGAACUCCCCCCCCCCCCCGCCGCGGGAGCGCGCUUGCCAUCGAGCCGCUAAAGUUUUUUUUUUGCGCUGCUGAGCGCACAAUUUAACACGUAAGUGUCAGCGAGGUAUAAAACUGGAGUCGGACAACGCCCACAUGAUGAGCAAUAACUACGACGACCAGCUGCCUCCACAGUACUACCAGGGCACCGACUUCGGGGACGAGGAGGACGAGGAGAUGCCGGCCACGGAGAAGGACCUAGCCGAGGACGCGCCGUGGAAGAAGAUCCAGCAGAACACCUUCACCAGGUGGUGCAACGAGCACCUCAAGUGCGUCAACAAGACCGUCACCGACCUGCAGAGGGAUUUUACCGAUGGGCUGAAGCUGAUUUCGCUCCUCGAAGUGUUGAGCCAGAAGAAAAUGUACAGAAAGAGCCACUCCAGACCCAACUUCCGUCAGAUGAAACUGGAGAACGUGUCCGUGGCGCUCGAGUUCCUGGACAGAGAACACAUCAAACUGGUCUCUAUUGAUAGCAAAGCCAUCGUGGAUGGGAAUCUAAAGCUGAUCCUGGGUCUUAUCUGGACUCUCAUCCUCCACUACUCCAUCUCCAUGCCCAUGUGGGACGACGAGGAUGAAGAGGAGACUAAGAAGCUGACCCCCAAGCAGCGCCUAUUGGGCUGGAUUCAGAACAAGGUGCCCCAGCUGCCCAUCAACAACUUCAACCGUGACUGGCGGGAUGGCAAAGCUCUGGGAGCCCUAGUCGACAACUGUGCCCCUGGUUUGUGUCCUGAUUGGUCUGACUGGGAUCCAAACAAGCCUGUGGAGAAUGCUAAAGAAGCCAUGCAACAGGCUGACGAUUGGCUGGGUGUGCCUCAGGUGAUUGCCCCUGAGGAAAUUGUGGACCCAGAUGUGGACGAGCACUCAGUGAUGACCUACCUGUCUCAGUUCCCUAAGGCAAAGCUGAAGCCUGGCGCUUCUCUCAAGCCCAAACAGCUUUUCCCAAACAAAGCCAAAGCCUAUGGGCCUGGUAUUGAGCCUCACGGCAAUAAGGUGCUGCAACCAGCCGUGUUCACUGUGGAUACUCUGGAAGCUGGCAGUGGCGAGGUCCUGGUCUAUGUGGAGGAUCCUGAGGGAUACAAAGAGGAGGCUAAGGUUAAACCCAACAGGGAGAAAACCGGAUCCUACACUGUCACUUAUGUUCCUAAAGUUGAAGGUGUUCACAAGGUGAAAGUGCUGUUUGCAGGUCAGGACAUUGACAAGAGUCCAUACACAGUGAAUGUGGCGAGGGACAUGGGCGACUCCAGCAAAGUCCAUGCCAGGGGACCAGGCCUGGACACUAACGGCAAUGUGGCGAACAAACCCACCUACUUUGACAUCUACACAGCUGGUGCUGGUAAUGGCGACGUCAGUGUGGUAAUCGUUGAUCCUCAGGGCAAAAAGGACACGGUGGAGCUACUCCUGGAGAACAAGGGCGACAGUGUUUUCCGCUGCACCUAUCGCCCCAUGCUGGAAGGGCCUCACACCAUCCACGUGCUGUUUGGAGGCCAGGAGAUCCCCAGGAGCCCAUUCACCGUCAACAUCACAGAGGCUCUGCCCAUUGCUCCUCCCACUGGAGCUCCACUGCAGAUAGUCCCUCAGUCAGUGCGCACCCUUCCCGGAGCAAAGGGUGGGAAGGGGGUACCCCCCCAAAAGCCUGGCCGCCCAACAAUAAACCCCAAUGCCUGCCGGGCCACAGGCAGAGGCCUUCAGCCUAAAGGCGUGAGAGUAAAGGAGGUGGCAGACUUCAAAGUUUUCACCAAGGGAGCCGGCAGUGGAUCGCUGAGCGUCUCAGUCAAAGGACCAACUGGUGCAGAGGAGCAAGUGAAAGUGCGAGAGGCAGGAAAUGGCGUCUAUGAAUGUGAAUAUUACCCUCUUAAGCCUGGUAAAUACACAGUCAGCAUCACCUGGGGAGGCCAGCCCAUCCCACGCAGCCCCUUCGAAGUGGAGGUGGGAAAAGAGGCAGGUUUUCAGAAGGUGAGGGCCUGGGGUCCUGGUCUGAAGACCGGCAUGGUGGGAAAAUCUGCUGACUUUGUGGUAGAAGCCAUCGGCACUGAAGUUGGAACUUUAGGCUUCUCCAUCGAAGGCCCAUCCCAGGCCAAAAUUGAGUGUGAUGAUAAGGGUGAUGGCUCCUGUGAUGUGCGCUACUGGCCCACUGAGGCCGGUGACUACGCUGUCCACGUCGUCUGUGAUGACGAGGACAUCAAGGACAGCCCCUUCAUGGCCCACAUCCUUCCUGCUGCCAAUGACGUCUUCCCCGAGAAGGUGAAAGCAUAUGGUCCGGGCCUAAGACCAGCUGGCGUCAUUGUGAACAAACCAACUGAAUUCACCAUUGAUGCUCGCAUGGCUGGAAAGGGUCACCUCAAGAUUUACGCACAGGACGCUGAAGGCUGCACCAUCGACAUCAAGAUCACUGACAAGGGAGACGGCACAUUUCUGUGUGUGUACACCCCUGUCAAGCCCAUGAAGCACACCAUCAUCAUCACCUGGGGGGACGUCAAUGUGCCCAGCAGUCCCUUCAGGGUGCUGGUUGGAGAGGGUUGUCAUCCAGACAAAGUCAAGGUCUAUGGGCCUGGAGUGGAGAAAACGGGGCUCAAGGCUAACGAGCCAACAUACUUCACGGUGGACUGUGGGGAAGCUGGUCAAGGGGACAUCAGCAUUGGAAUCAAGUGUGCCCCAGGGGUGGUCGGCCCGGCCGAGGCAGACAUUGAAUUUGACAUCAUCAAAAAUGACAAUGACACCUUCACCGUCAAGUACACUCCCCCGGGUGCAGGCCGGUAUACCAUCAUGGUGCUGUUUGCCGAGCAGGAAAUUCCCAUCAGUCCAUUCAAAGUGAAAGUGGAUCCUUCCCACGAUGCCGGUAAGGUGAGGGCCGAGGGCCCUGGACUCAACAAGACAGGAGUGGAGGUGGGAACUCCAACCCACUUCAUUAUCUACACAAAGGGAGCCGGCAAGGCCAAACCUGGGGUGAACUUUGCAGCAUCAGGCCCAGGAGAGGCAGUCCGUGACUUUGAGAUUAUCGAUAACCACGAUUACUCCUACACUGUCAAGUACACGGCUCUGCAACAGGGUAACAUGGCUAUUACGGUCACUCAUGGAGGAGAUCCCAUUCCCAAGAGCCCUUUCCACAUCACAGUGGCGCCACCUCUGGACAUUGGAAAGGUGAAAGUGGAGGGAUUAGACACCAAAGUGGAGGUUGGAAAAGAUCAGGAGUUCACGGUUAACACAAAGGGCGCUGGCGGACAGGGCAAUGUGGGUGUGAAGAUGACCUCACCCUCAGGCCGACCAAUUCCAUGCAAGCUGGAAUCAGACAAAGCCAAAGGCACCCACGGUGUGAAGUACAUUCCCCCAGAGGAGGGGCAGUACAAGGUGGAUGUCAGCUAUGACGGCAACCCGGUGAUGGGGAGCCCUUUUGCAGUUGAAGCAGUGAUGCCUGCUGAUCCUUCAAAGGUGCGAGCCUUUGGCCCAGGCCUGAAGGGAGGCAUUGUGGGUAAACCAGCUCCAUUCACUAUUGACACAAAGGGAGCCGGUGCAGGCGGGCUGGGCCUGACUGUGGAGGGCCCCUGUGAAGCGAAGAUCGAGUGUCAGGACAAUGGCGACGGCACAUGCUCAGUGUUCUAUCUGCCCACUGAGCCCGGCGAGUACGCCAUCAACAUCCUGUUUGCUGAGAAGCACAUCCCCGGCUCUCCCUUCAAGGCCGCAGUGCGCCCAGCCUUGGACCCCAGCAAGGUGACGGCUAGCGGCCCGGGGCUGGAGAAGGCCAAGGCGGGAGAACCGGCGACCUUCACCGUGGACUGCACCCGGGCCGGCGAUGCCGAGCUCACCAUUGAGAUUGUGUCAGAGACCGGGUCAAAGGCGGAAGUGCACAUCCAGAAAACUGCAGAGGGGACCUUCUCUGUUACAUACAUCCCACCCUUCCAUGGCACACACACCAUCACGAUCAAGUACGGUGGCCAGAUGAUUCCACAGUUUCCCAAAGUCCUGCAGGUCGAGCCCUCUGUGGACACCAGCGGGGUGCAUGUCUAUGGACCAGGAGUGGAGCCCAGAGGAGUCCUCAGAGAAGUGACAACCCACUUCAUCGUUGAUGCUCGCGCCCUCAAAAAGGUUGGAGGAAACCAUGUGAAGGUUCACAUAAUCAGCCCUUCCGGCACCACCACUGAAACCUUCAUCACUGACAAGGGAGACGGUACCUACAGAGUGGAGUACACAGCAUUCGAGGAUGGAAUGCAUAUGAUCGAGGUGCAGUAUGACGAGGCGCCAGUGCCCAAGAGUCCCUUCAGAGUGUCAGUCGUGGAGGGGUGUGAUCCGACCCGGGUCCGGGCCUAUGGACCAGGCCUGGAGGGAGGAAUCACCAACAAGCCCAACUGCUUCACUGUGGAGACCAGGGGAGCUGGUACGGGAGGCCUGGGCCUGACUAUUGAGGGAGCCUCAGAGGCAAAAAUAUCCUGCAAGGACAAUAAAGAUGGCAGCUGCAGUGUGGAGUACAUCCCCUUCACUACCGGAGACUAUGAUGUCAACAUCAACUACGGAGGUCACCCGAUCCCUGGCAGUCCCUUCCGUGUUCCAGUGAAGGACCCCGUGGACCCCAGCAAGGUCAAGUGCUCAGGUCCCGGUCUGGGCGGCGGAGUGAGAGCCCAUGUUCCUCAGGCUUUCACGGCCGAUUGUACAAAGGCCGGACAGGCCCCACUGGACGUCAAACUCUACGGCCCAACAGGUACCGUGGAGCCAGUAGGCGUGAAGAACAACGGCGACGGCACCCACACAGUUCACUACACCCCAGCCCAGGAUGGUCCUUACACUGUAGCUGUCAAAUAUGCAGAUCAGGAAGUCCCACACAGUCCAUUCAAGGUAAUGUCUCAGCCUGGACAUGAUGCCAGUAAAGUGCGCGCUAGUGGUCCUGGUCUAGACACAAAAGGUGUGCCUGCAAGCCUUCCAGUUGAGUUCACCAUUGAUGCCCGCGAUGCCGGAGAAGGACUGCUCACUGUGCAGAUUCUGGACCCUGAGGGAAAGCCAAAGAAUGCCACCAUCCAGGACAACAGGGACGGCACCUACACUGUCUCCUAUGUACCAGACUCUACAGGCCCCUACACCAUCACCAUCAAAUACGGAGGAGAUGAGAUCCCAUACUCCCCUUACCGCAUCCAGUCCCUGCCCACAGGAGACGCCAGCAAAUGUCACCUCACAGUUUCAAUCGGAGGACAUGGCGUUUCAAGUCUGCAGAAGCUGCAGACCUCCGAGGAUACUGUUAUCACAGUGGACGCGAAAGCUGCUGGGAAAGGCAAAGUGACCUGUAAGGUGCAGACCCCACAAGGGAUGGAGCUGGACAUGGAUGUGGUGGAAAAUCGUGAUGGGACCUUUGACAUUUACUACACCGCCCCUGAACCUGGAAAAUAUGUUAUUACCAUCCGAUUUGGAGGACAGAACAUCCCCAAGAGCCCCUUCCAUGUGGUGGCAUCAAAUGAGCCGGUUGUUCCCCGCGAUACUGUGGACCCUCUCUUCCGUCCGGUUAACUUCCUCGUUCCCUUCAUGCCACAGCAAGGGGAAAUCACAGGUGAGGUGAGGAUGCCUUCAGGCAAGACUGGCCGCCCACACAUCACCGACAACAAGGAUGGCACCAUCACAAUAAAGUACCAGCCCACAGAGAGAGGUCUGCAUGAGAUGGACAUCAAAUAUGACGGCAACCACAUUCCAGGAAGCCCUCUGCAGUUCUUUGUGGAUGCUGUGAACAGUGGCGUGGUGACAGCUUAUGGUCCGGGUCUGAGUUACGGCAUGGUCAACAGGGCUGCCACUUUCACUGUGGUCACCAAGAACGCAGGAGAAGGUGGUCUGUCUCUGGCAGUGGAGGGUCCCUCAAAGGCCGAGAUCACGUGCAAGGACAACAAAGACGGUACUUGCACUGUUUCCUACCUGCCCACAGCUCCUGGAGACUACAACGUCAUCGUCAAGUUUGACAACAAGCACAUUUCUGGCAGUCCCUUUACGGCGAAGGUCACCGGGGAUGAUGCCAUAACCAGGACGUCACAGCUGAAUGUCGGCACGGCGGCUGACGUGUCCUUGAAGAUUGCAGAGACUGAUCUGAGCUCUCUGACUGCCAGUAUCAGAGCACCAUCGGGCAACGAGGAGCCCUGCCUGCUCAAGACACUGCCCAACAGACACCUCGGUAUUUCUUUCACACCGAAGGAGGUUGGAGAGCAUGAAGUUAGCGUGAGGAAGAACGGGGUACACGUGGCCAACAGCCCUUUUAAAAUCAUGGUUGGGCAGUCAGAGAUUGGCGAGGCCAGCAGGGUAAAGGCUUUCGGGAAAGGCCUGGUGGAGGCACACACAUUAGAAAUGGCAGAAUUCUUUGUGGAUACGAGGAACGCAGGUUAUGGAGGUCUAGCAUUGUCAAUCGAGGGUCCGAGCAAAGUGGACAUCAACUGCGAAGAUGUGGAGGACGGGACAUGCAGAGUCACGUACUGUCCAACAGAACCUGGGAGCUACAUUGUUAACAUCAAGUUUGCCGAAAAACAUAUCCCAGGAAGUCCUUUCACAGUGAAGGUGACCGGAGAAGGAAGGAUGAAGGAGAGCAUUACUAGAAAGAGACAGGCCUCUUCGAUUGCCUCAGUCGGCAGCACGUGCGGCCUUAACCUCAAGAUACCAGGAAACUGGUUCCAGAUGGUUUCGGCUCAGGAGAGGCUGACCAGGACUUUCACCCGCAGCAGCCACACCUACACGCGCACCGAGCGCACGGAGAUAAGCAAAACGCGCGGUGGAGAGACCAAACGGGAGGUCCGAGUGGAGGAAAGCACCCAGUUGGGCGGAGGAGGAAGCCCCUUCAGGGAUGUUUUUGGAGACUUUUUGGGCAGAGAAAGCCUCAGCAGCUUUGCUGGCAUCACUGCCAGACCUGAGGUUGCUGAGAGUGGCUCUCAGGCCAUGACGGCUCAGGUCACCAGCCCCAGUGGGAAAACGGUGGAUGCUGACAUAGUGGAUGGAGGGAGCAGCACCUACAGCGUGCGCUUCAUCCCCCAGGAGAUGGGACCGCACACCGUCAACGUCAAGUACAGAGACCAGCAUGUCCCCGGUAGCCCCUUCCAGUUUACUGUGGGGCCCAUGGGGGAGGGGGGAUCACACAAAGUCCGUGCGGGUGGACCCGGCCUGGAAAGAGGCGUGGCUGCAGCGCCUUCUGAAUUUAGCAUCUGGACGAGGGAGGCAGGUGCUGGCGGUCUGUCUAUCGCUGUAGAGGGCCCCAGCAAGGCUGAAAUCACCUUUGAGGACAGGAAGGACGGCUCCUGCGGCGUCUCCUACAUAGUGAAAGAACCAGGUGACUACGAGGUGUCAAUCAAAUUCAACAACGAGCACAUCCCCGACAGCCCGUUCAUCGUUCCAAUUGCUACGCUGUCAGACGAGGCCCGCAGGCUCACUGUAACAAGCCUUCAGGAGAAGGACUUGAAGGUAAACCAGGAGGCAUCCUUCAUGGUGCAGCGCAAUGGGGCUCGAGGUGUGGUUGACGCCAAAGUCCACACGCCCGCUGGCUCGUCGGAGGAAUGCUAUGUCACCGAGCUUGACAGCGACAAGAAUGCAAUCCGCUUCAUCCCACGCGAGAAUGGAGUUCACUCCAUUGACGUCAAGUUCAACGGAUGCCACAUCCCAGGGAGCCCCUUUAAUGUGCGAGUGGGCGACCCGGGACUGGUUGGAGAUCCAGGCAUGGUGACGGCACAUGGUCCCGGACUGAUGGGUGGAACCACAGGUGCAUCCUCGGAGUUUGUGGUCAACACGUGCAACGCAGGCUCCGCCACUCUGUCGGUCAACAUCGACGGGCCGUCCAAGGUCAAGAUGGACUGUCGCGAGUGCCCUGAAGGAUACAAGAUCAACUACACACCCAUGGCACCCGGCAACUAUCUCAUCACCAUCAAAUACGGAGGACCACAGCACAUAGUGGGCAGCCCGUUCAAAGCUAAAGUCACAGGAGCCCGGCUCUCUGGGGGACACAGCCUCCAUGAGACUUCGUCCGUCUUGGUUGAAACAGUCACCAAGACCUCCAAAGUGGGCGGUGCCUACAGCUCCAGCUCCUCGUCUUCCACCACCUCAACAAAACUGACAUCGGAUGCGAGCAUGGUGGUUUGUCUCGGAACAGGGCUGUCCAAGGCUGCUGUUGGACAGAAAAACAAUUUUACAGUUGACUGCAGCAAAGCAGGUACCAACAUGCUGAUGGUGGGCGUGCAUGGACCUCAUACCCCUUGCGAGGAGGUGUACGUCAAGCACAUGGGCAACAAGUUAUACAACGUCACCUACACAGUCAAGGACAAGGGCAACUACACCGUCAUCGUCAAAUGGGGCGACGACAGCGUCCCCGGCAGCCCUUACAAGGUGGUUGCGUCCUAAAAGCAAGCUGCACCAGUGGCCCUCCCCUCCCCCAUCCAGCAACCCUCCGCCGACCCUCGCUGUUCCUUGCUCUUCCGCGGUUCACAAGGCUCACACGCACUAAAACCCGCCAAGACAUUUGCCGUUUGCCGUUUUCUUGAUGAAAGAAUUAUCUAUUGUGCCAAGGUUUUGCAUUAACUCCGGAAAUUACAAUCGCAAGUUUGCAUUCAUGUUCAGAGCGAUGUAAAGGGAAACAGUGUGGUUUACGAGUCUUUGAGUGAUGAUUUACUAGGUCCUUAAGAAUCUCUCUGUGUUCUGUUGUGUUGUAAGAGAGUGACAUCAAUCGACAUGUUCAGAGACGCUGGAGUAAUUGACAGUAUUAUACUAUGGUUUUGUAUGCUUUAAGAAUGAAGAAUGAAUUUUUUGUUAUAUUAACCUAUUUUCGGUAAGUCUUUGCAGACCUAAUAAAGAUUUAAUGGCUAACUUUUCAGAGAAAA